CGUGCACGUUUGUUUGGAUUGAUCGGACGGCGGACUGCCACUGCCAACCAAGAUGAUGACCAACCUUCACUGUUGGCGAGCAUUGGCCCUUGUUGUCGCCACUGUGGCCGCUGUUGUCGCUGCCACAGUAACUGGCGCUGAGGGUGUGUGGGAGGGCCCGUCCGUCACCAUUCAGCCAUGCACGACGAAACGCGCCGCUUACCAGCAAUGGACGCGCGGCCCAAAGAAUGAAAUCGUGCUCAAGUCCAAUGGCUCCUGCUUGGAUGUGCAAGGAUACUCGACUGCAGAUCAAGCCACGGUGUACACGUUCUCGCCAUGCCACCCGGACGACCCGGACCCCAGCCACCAGAAUGAGGCCUGGAGCAUCAACGCCAACGGAACCAUCACAGAGCUCAUGUCAGGCAAAUGCCUCGACCGAUCCCAAUACGGCACAUCACCUGGAACACAGGUGUGGCUGUACCACUGUACGGGCGUGUACAACCAGAACUGGAUCUACAACAAAACAGACCUCACCAUCCGUGCAAACGACUCGGGUCUCUGCUUGGACGCAGGGAGUCCAACCCCGCGCACGUGCGACGUUGAGCCGGGCAAGUCGCUUCCCUUCUGCAAUACGGCCCUCUCCUACGACGACCGCAUUCGCGACCUCAUCUCCCGCAUCAACGACAGCGACCUGCCUGGCUUGUUGGUCAAUUCUGCAACAGGAGUGGAGCACCUCAACCUGCCCGCAUAUCAGUGGUGGAGCGAGGCCCUGCACGGGGUGGGCCACAGCCCCGGGGUGCACUUUGGCGGCGAUGUGCCGGCUGCCACAUCAUUCCCGCAGGUCAUACACACGGGCGCAACGUUCAACAAGACGCUGUACAGGAAGAUUGGCACCGUCAUAUCCACCGAGGCGCGCGCCAUGAACAACGUGCAGCGGGCGGGCAACACCUUCUGGGCGCCAAACAUCAACAUCAUCCGUGAUCCGCGUUGGGGCCGUGGACAGGAGACGCCAGGUGAAGAUCCAUUUGCAACGGGCGAGUACGCAGCAAACUUCGUGUCCGGGUUCCAGGACGGAGAAGACAUGAACUACAUCAAGGCAUCGAGCUGCUGCAAGCACUUCUUCGACUACAACUUGGAGAACUGGCACGGAGUAGACCGCCACCACUACAACGCCAUUGCCACCGACCAGGACAUUGCCGACACGUACCUGCCCUCGUUCGAGGCGUGUGUUCGCUACGGCCGCGCCUCCGGUCUCAUGUGCUCAUACAACGCUGUCAAUGGCGUCCCUUCGUGCGCCAACGGCGACAUCAUGACUGUGAUGGCCCGCGAGUCGUGGGGCUUCGACGGCUACAUCACGUCCGACUGCGGCGCGGUUGCUGACGUACUCAACUCGCACAAGUUCACGCGCAACACGAGCGAGACCAUCAGAGCGGUGCUGGAGGCUGGCAUGGACACGGACUGCGGCUCGUUUGUGCAGCAGUACCUGGCAAAGGCGAUGCAGGAAGGCGUGGUGCCACGCGAACUGGUCAACACUGCGCUCCACCGCCUGUUCAUGGUGCAGUUUCGCCUGGGCCUCUUUGACCCCGUGAGCAAGCAACCGUACACCAACUACAGCGUGGCGCGCGUCAACACGCCGGCAAACCAGCAGCUGGCGCUGGAGGCGGCACAGCAGGGCAUCGUGCUGCUCAAGAACACGAACGCGCGCUUGCCCCUCAAGACCGGACUGCACGUCGCGCUCAUUGGCCCAAAUGCGGAUGCGACGACGGUGAUGCAAGGAAAUUACCAGGGCACCGCCCCCUUCCUCAUCUCACCCGUCCGAGGAUUCAAGAACUACAGCGCGGCGGUGACGUACGCAAAGGGAUGCGACGUUGCAUGCAAGGACACCUCUGGCUUCGACGCCGCUGUUGCCGCCGCCAAAGAGGCGGAUGCGGUUGUUGUUGUGGUUGGAUUGGAUCAGGGACAGGAGAGUGAAGGGCACGACCGCACGUCCAUCACUCUUCCCGGACACCAAGAAGACCUCGUCGCACAGGUCGCUGCUGCUGCCAAAUCGCCCAUCGUUGUGUUUGUGAUGACUGGUGGUGCUGUUGACUUGUCCACCAUCAAGGCCAACAAGAACGUAGCCGGCAUCCUGUGGUGCGGCUACCCUGGCCAGUCGGGUGGUCAGGCCAUGGCAGAUGUCGUGUUUGGCGCCGUUAGCCCCGGUGGGCGCCUCCCAUAUACCAUUUAUCCGGGAUCAUAUGUUGACGCGUGCUCCAUGCUCGAUAACGGUAUGCGGCCAAACAAGACGUCAGGCAAUCCCGGCCGCACCUACCGAUUCUACACGGGCAAGCCCGUGUAUGAGUAUGGAACAGGACUGUCCUACACGUCAUUCUCGUAUCACAUCCACUACCUCAACACGAUGGACACCAGCUUGGCAACCGUGCAGACAUACGUUCAAGAUGCCAAGCAGAACCACAAGUUCAUUCGCUACGAUGCACCAGAAUUCACGCGGGUGGAGGUGAACGUGACGAACGUUGGGCGCGUCGCCGGCGCGGAUGUGGUGCAAGUGUUUGUUGAACCGAAGACACCAGCCGAGCUCGGUGCCCCCAUCAAGACCCUCAUUGGCUUUGAACGCGUAUUCCUCAACCCGGGGCAGUGGACCAUCGUCCAGUUCUCUGUCAAUGCCCACGACCUGACGUUUGUGGACGCGUCUGGCAAGCGUGUUGCCCGCGCUGGGGAGUGGCUGGUGCACAUUGGACACGAUUCACGUCUCACCUUUCCCGUGCACGUCAACUGAUGCCUUGCACUUGGUUGCCUUCCUCUCCAUUCACAUCCCCUUCCACCUUCUGCUCACGAUACUGUUUCUCUGCUUUCGUUACUUGCAAUCCAUUACGUGUUGUUCACCUCCUCCAACGCUGACGUGUCUGUGUGCGUGCACCUUUGUCCGUCCCCAUCACUCCUCAAGACAACGCGUUUGACACAUUACAUGGUGCAUACCACAA